AUGAUCUAAAGUUUAGGGAUGCAGACCAAAUUUCACAAAUAGAUGGAGAAAAUGAAAGGAUUUCUGGUCUCAGCCCACAACAUAUCUCCCAUAAAUGAUGAUGAGCCUAUCAGGAAAACUUAGACUCCUUUGAUUGGUCAACAAGUUCAAUCAAUAUCUUUCAGUGAUGAUGAGAUGGAUGUUGAAGACUUUAAGCAAAUAGGAGUUAAAUCCACGAAUUUCGAUGACGAGUUUACAUUAGGUAAGAAACUAGGAGAAGGCACAAAUGGUGUCGUUAGAAUUUGUUGGAAAAAAGACAAUCCUUAAUAGUAAUUUGCAGUCAAAAUAAUACAAACACCUGAUGAAGAAUAAUUGGAUAUUGUAAGACAAGCCUUCGUCAACUCUACCAUCAUCAAAAGCCCUUACAUUGCAAAAUGCUAUAAAUUGUAUAUUGACAUCAAUGUAAUAUACAUGCUAAUGGAGUAUGUUCCAUUUCCAAAUUUACAAACCAUAUUGCAACAGAGAACAUAAUUAAAAGAGCAAGAGGUUUAAAGAAUUGCCUGUUCUCUAUUGAAAAGUGCUAGGUGUUUGCACAGCUGUGGCAUUUGUCAUAGAGAUAUUAAACCAGACAAUGUGCUUGUAAAUCCGAACGAUUACACAGUCAAAUUAAUAGACUUCGGAGUUUCUAGAAGAUUUGUCACAUUCAAUAAUAGUACAUUUAGGUAUAUGAGGAAUCAAAUGUUAACUGUUACUGGCAACCUACAUUAUCGAGCACCAGAAAUCAUGGGUAGCCAUAUUUAUGGUUAUAAUCAAUAAGUUGAUAUAUGGGCCAUUGGAGUUAUCAUGUAUUAAUCGUUAACAUCAGUCUUACCAUUCACAUCAGAUAAUACUGCUGAUAUUGUUGCUUUAUUAUCCAAUAGGUAUUCUAUUUCAUUUCAAAAACCUUAGUUUCUAUCCUUGUCAUCAAGUUGCAGAGACUUAAUUAAAAGAUUAAUGAUGUGGAAUCCUUUAAAAAGAUUAACAGCCUCUGAAGCACUCAAACAUAUAUGGAUUCCCAAUAUGCAAACUCCUCAAAAACCACUUUGCAAAAAAAUUAAAAUAGUGAUCUUCUUAAUAAAUCUUUAAUUAAUAGUGCAACCAUUCUAAAUUUUGAGUUACAAAAUACUCUUAUCAAAAGAUAUCACUAAAUCUUAAAAAAGUCUUGGGUUCUCUAUCAAAAUAAAAAGAGAAAAAGAAAUUCAGGAUUUUAAGGCUAAAUUAAAGUAAUUUAAAUUAGAAACUUCAACCAAGAUUUACAAGAGGAAUAAUUCAAAUCAGAAUAAUGCGAUCUAAUUGGUUGGCGCCUUGGUCGACGAUAAAAUGAACAACUCAAUUAAAUUAGAUGAUGAAGAUGAUAUCUUUGGUAUCAAAGUAUGUGGAAGUCAUCACUCGCUCACGCAAAUUGAUGAACCUAUAUAAAAUGAACAAUAAGCACAACAUAACAAGUUGGAUCCUUAAUUACUUGAGAAGCUCUUAGAAUUUAAUUUGUGA